CCUAUCGGGAUGAGAUGGUGGCGAAAGUUUCGCCCCUCCUCUCGUCCAAUCGCAGCGCGCCACCUGUCCGGCGGCGAUUGGCUGCUGCAUCGAGUGAAAGUUCAGUGAACGGAGCGUACCUUGUGUCCUGCCGAGCACACUGCAUGGCAAUGGGCCCCAUGUGGCAUGGCAGCACCGCCCCACGAAUACACAACAAGACAAUGGCAGAGGCAGUGGGAGACUGGUUCUUUGACCGGCAGAAUGUUGCCCUUGUUGACUCGACAACACCACUUGGGAAUAACGCCACGUCAGCAGGCAGCAACGGUGCCGCUGCACCCGAAUCACGGCAGGGAGCAGAAUCAGGGCAGGGAGCAGAAUCAGGGCAGGUUUCGGAACCAGUAAAGGGAGCGGAAGCAGCUACCAAAGCGGAAUUCAAGAAUGAAGCGGAACCAGAGAAGGGAGCAGAUUCAGGGAAGGUACCUGAAAGCCCCUCCCCCGUGGGAUUCGACAGCGCCACGGGCGUGUGGCUGCUGACGUCAGAGGGCGAGACGCUCCAGAUGGACAGACGCGUCGCGGCUUUCAUCCCCUUCCUCUGGCAGGCCAUGGCUCAACGUUCAGUGGUUCAAGCGGUGCUGCAGCUGGUGGUGGAGUACUGCCGCUACCACAGCGUGCCGGGACGGUCCGACAAGGAGCGGAGGCUCUUUGACGAGAAGUUUGUGCGAGUAGAUCCAAGGAGGCUGUGCGAGCUGACGUCAGCGGCGGAUGUGCUUCAAAUGAAGCCUCUGGUGGACCUCACGAGUAGAGCACUGGCACGGCUGAUAGAGGGCAAGUCGCCUGAAGAAAUACGAGAAACUUUUCACCUGCCAGACGACCUGACAGAGGAGGAGAAGCUGGAGCCAGUACGGAGCGGCACAGACGAUCCACGCAUUCGGCUGCUGAACCGGCUGAGCACACACACGUGGCCCCUAACCCGCAGGAGGACGAGAACGAGGAAGAGCAAGGAGGAGGAGGAGGAGGAGGAGGAGGAGGAGGAGGAGGAGGAGGAGGAGGAGGAGGAGGAGGAGGAGGAGGAGGAGGAGGGAAGGUUCUACGCAAUGUUUGUGGCCCGUGAUUCUCUCUCUCUGCGCUUUGUUGUCUGUCUGCACCACCACAAGGAGCGAGUGGUGGAUGAGCGAUCAGUAGACGACCUUCUGUCAUUCAUCGAUGGGGGAGAGAGCAGUGGCAAAGGCAAGUCCGGGAGGAAGAAGAAGAGCCGGAAGAAGACGGAGAAAACAAAGGCUAGGAAGGUGGAGAAAGAGGAGCAAAAGGAGGGGAAGAUCGUGAAGGAAGAGAUUGGGGAAGUUCAAGCUAAAGAGGGAGCAGGGGAGGGUAAUGGCAAAGAGGGAGGGGAGGAAGAGAAGGUUAGAAGGCACAGCAAGCAGGAAAAGACAGGAAAGCUGACUCCACGGCGCAAAACAGCAGCAGCACGGGCAGAAGCAGCGCAGGCAGAAGCAGGGGUGACUGCAUUAGGCAGUGAUACGUGUGAUGGUCUUAGUAUUGAGACAGUAGGAGGCCCAGCAGCAGUCACAGUAGAAGGCACAACAGCAGUCACGAGAGAAGGUGCAGCGGGGUGUGUGCUUGAAGAUGCCUCUUCUCCUUGCAGUCUUGCCACUACCCCUGUGGCUAGCCGUGCUAGCCGUGCCAACAACCCUGUUUCCAGUUACUUGUCAAUUUCAGAGGACGUGGGGGACACUAGGCCAGCACAGGCACAGGCUUGGCAAAUAGGGGAACAGGCUCGGCAAACAGAGCAGCAGACACGGCCGCUCCUUUCUCCCGUGAAAACGCCCAAGAAGAAAAAGAAGAAGAAGAAACAUUCAGACUGCCAGCAGCAGCAGGAAAUAGGGCAGCAGGCAAUCGGGCAGCACGAGAAAAGGCAGCAGGAGCAGGACGAGGAGAACGAGGAGGACGAAGAGGAGACUAUAACCGUCCCCACAUGCCAGGCAGUCCCCUCUGCCGCAUCUGCCUCCGUCGCUCUACUCCCCUCCCCAGCCCUCGUUCUUCGACCUGCCUCUCCACCUCGCCCACCAACACCACCAGCCCUGGAUGGCCCGGCUCUCACCUGCCCCACCAAGUCAAUGGGGUCAACCGGAGGUUACAUGGUUUCGUCUCCUGCUGCUCCUUCUGCUCCUGCUGCUCCUGCUGCUCCUGCUGCACCUGCUUUUUCUGCCUUUCCUUCUGAGGCUCGUCCUGCGUCUGCUGGUCCUGCUGCUGCUCCUGCUGGUGCUGCUAAUGAAGCUCUUACUGCCCUUACUCCCCUGGAUCGUGUGGUUAUGGCUGGUGGCGUUCCCAGUGGACAUGGGACUGUAACGAGUGGAGGACACAACAGUCACAUGACUGUAUCGACGACGUAUCUGUCUGUUGACCAUAGGCAAGGAGGCAAGCAGGUCAGGGGAGCAGCAGUGGCUGUGCUGUGCCUAUGGGACCUGUACAAGACUGCUGCUGCUGCUCCUCUCAAAACCCCCAUCCCCCUUUCACACACCCUUCUCUCCAGCAACGUGGCUCAACGUAGCUGCCUGUUGACCGUGGGCAAGGAGGCAAGGGGAGCAGCUGUGGUGCUGUGGGAUUUGGACAAGACUGCUGCUCCUGCUGUUGCGGGUGCCGCUGCUUCAGGUGCUUCUUCAGGUGCUUCAGGCGCAGCAGUAGCACUGGAGGGGGGUGCACCGGUGCCUUUACGGACUUGUAACAUCUUCUCAGACGCUUUUCCUUCCGCACAGAUCACAUCCUGUGCAAUCCGCGAGGCUCCUCAGCUGGGUUACCUCCUGGCCGUUGGAUUAGCCACAGGAGCCGUUGAUGUGCUGCUAGCAGAUUCCUCCAUGCGGAUCAAACGGCUGAGAAUCCCCCCCAACAGCAGCCAGGGGCAAGGCGGGGCAGGGGGAGCGGGCGGAGUGGGGGGAGCAGGGGAGAGAGAGGCUCUCCCCCUCGUUGCAGUCACAGGGCUGGGGUUCCGGAUCCUGGAUUCAGGCCCGCAGCUCUUUAUAGUCACGGGCGAGACAGUCACACUGUACACGCUUCCCAGUGGCAUGUUUGGGGCUGCAGCGGAGGGAGGGUGGGCGGUGAAGGGAGGUGGAGGAGGAGGGGGAGGAGGGGGAGGGUGGGGGGUGGUGCUGGAGGAGAGAGGAGGGGAUGUGUUUUGCUCUGCCAUGACUGAUACUCAGGACCUGGUGGUGGCGCGACCAGAGGCCUUCUACUGUUUCAACGAGGAUGGCCCGGGGGCGUGCUUUGGGCUGGACGGCCCCAAGCACCGCCUCGCCUGCCUGCGGGGCUACCUGCUCUGCCUGCACUCGCCGCCCUCCCCUCCCUCUUCUGCUGCUACUGGUUCAGCGACGACUGGUGGUGGUGGUGGCAGUGGUGGCAGCGGCAGCGGUGGCGGCGGCGGUGCUGGUGGUGGUGGGAAUUCUGGAAAGCAGCAGCAGCAGCAGCAGCAGCAGCAGCAGCGAAUGAGCCUCUCAGUGUAUGACACACGUAACAAGCUGGUGGUCCACUCUGCGCCGCUCACCCCCGCAGCCUCUCUCCUCGCGCCCCUGCUGCUGCUGUGCGAGGGUGGCGCCGUGGUGCUUCUCUCCCUGCACCUGCGGGGAGAUGGCGGGGGAGGGGGAGGAGAUGCAGGAGGGGUCUCAGCAGGGGGAGGAGGAGGAGGCGGAGGAGGGGGAGGGGCAGGAGGAGGAGCAACAGGAGGAGGAGCAACAGGAGGAGGAGGAGCAACGGGAGGGGGAGGGGCAGUGCGAGUGGAGGCGAGGGGGCUGCUGCUGGUGGAGAGGGACAUGGCUUGGAAGCUGGAGGCGCUCUUUCGCAAGGGGCUCUACUCCAGUGCGCUGGACCUCGUGGUGUCCCAGGGAGGGGAUGCUGCUGCCACGGCUGAAGUGCUGAGACGCUAUGGGGACCAUCUGUACGCCAAGCAGGACUAUGAGGAGGCAAUGGGGCAGUACGAGAGGACCAUAGGGCAGGUGGAGCCGUCAUACGUGAUUCAACGCUACCUGCACGCCCAGCGCUUGAGUCUGCUCGCGCGGUACCUGGAGCGGCUGCAUGAUAAGGGGGUGGCCACGCCGGAUCACACCACUCUCCUGAUUAAUUGCUUCUCGCGCCUCAAGGACGUCUCUAAACUGGAUGCCUUCGUCCGGGCCGGCUUCGAUUCCCCUUCCUCCGAUACCCACUCCAUCGAACCAGCAACCACAGACAGGCCCACACCUUCCUCUGCCUCCACUCUCCCCCUCUCCCUCACUCUCUCACUCCCUCACACCUUCUCCUCUCCCGCCCUCCCUUACGAUCCCGACACGGUGAUCCAAGUCUGCUGCUCCGCCGGGUAUUACAAUCAAGCUCUUUUCGUGGCUCAGCGUGCCGCUAAGCAUUCCGCUUACUUAAAAAUCCUGGUAGAGGAUCUACACCGCUACGCCGACGCCCUUGCCUUCAUUUCUUCCCUCCCCGACCGGGCGAAAAUCGUUUCGGCUGCCCGGGAAUAUGGGCCGGUGCUGGCGGCUCACCUGCCCGAGGAAACAAUUUCUCUGUUCUUAGAGCUCUGCACGGGAUUCGGCAGCAGCAGAGACGGAGGAGGGGGGAUGGGAGCAGGAGGGGUGGUGGGAGUUGGGACUGGCUCUACAGCUGGGGAGGCCUCAGGGGGAACUGGACAUCCCCCUUGUUCCCUCCUUCGCCUUCCCACUCCUCUCCUCCCCUGUCUCCUCUCUCACCCGCUCCCUCGCUUCCCCGCUCGUUUCUCCCUCCCCCUUCCCAGGGAUGGCCUCCUGUUUCUGUACGAGAGAAUGCGCCUCUUUAAAGAAGCCCUGGCGAUGCACAUGAGGGAGGGCGACAGCAAGGGGCUCAUUGCUGCAUGCAAGCGAUUGGGGGAUGCGGGGAGGGGGACUAUUUCUCCCCGUGCAUGGCUUCAGGGAUGGGUUAAUCUUUCUGUACGAGAGAAUGCGGCUCUUCAAGGAGGCCCUGGCGAUGCACAUGCGGGAGGGCGACAGCAAGGCGCUCAUUGCUGCCUCUUCUCCACCCAUCCCCUCCUCAUCCCCCCCCUCUCCAAGGUGCACGGCUUCAGGGAUGGGUUAAUCUUUCUGUACGAGAGAAUGCGGCUCUUCAAGGAGGCCCUGGCGAUGCACAUGCGGGAGGGCGACAGCAAGGGGCUCAUUGCUGCGUGCAAGCGCCUGGGGGAUGCGGGGAGGGGGGGGGAUCCGAGUGUGUGGGCGGAUGUGGUUAGGUAUUUGGGGGAACGGGGGGAGGCGUGCGGGGAGGAGGUGGCGGAGGUGUUGAGUGCGGUGGAGAGGGGUAACCUGCUUCCGCCUCUGCUGGUGCUGCAGACUCUCUCGCGCAACCCACACAUCACGGUGGGCGAGAUUCGGGACUAUGUGUCGCGGCACUUGCAGCAGGAGACAGCCACCAUCGAGGAAGACCGGCGAGCAAUUGAGAAAUACCAGCACGAGACUGACAAGUAUAGAAAAGAACUGCACCAGCUUCUCACUGAACCUCUCGUCUUCCAGUCCUCCCGCUGUGCCGAGUGCAACUCCCCGCUUGACCUCCCCGCCGUCCACUUCUUUUGUCUGCAUGCGUUCCACCUGCGCUGCCUUGCCGACCCAACCACGGCUGUAGCAGCCGCUACAGCCGCUGCUGCCGCCUCAAUGGCUGGUGACGUGGGGGGAGUGAGCGGGGGCGGAGGGGUGAUUGGAGGAGGCAUGGGAGGGGGAGGGUAUGGCGGGGCAAGAGCGGGGGGGUAUGGCGGAGGGAUGGGAGAGGCAGGAGAGGGAGGGGAGGGAGGGGAGGAGGACGGAGGGGAGGGGGGGAUGGAGUGUCCCAAGUGUGCGGCGUCGUACCGGGUGGUGAGGGAGAUGCGGGUGGGGCUGAGGCAGAGUGCGGCAGACCACGACCGCUUCUUUCAGGAGCUGCAUGACGCCCGUGACGGCUUUGGCGUCGUCGCUCUCUACUUUGGCCGCGGCCUCGUGCGCGCAGAGGGCGCCUUGUAG